GUCAACCUCCGACCGCGCCCGCAUGCGUACACGAUCCCACGAUCGCGACCCCAUUGUGAAACUGUGCUAAAUGGAACUGACCGGCGUUCAAUGUUAAAGAAACAAAUAUACGAGGAGAAAGAAGUGAACAUGGCGAUACAGAGUGUUUCGAGAUAUCCCAGCAGCCCCGCGGAGGCGACGGAACCGCCCAAGGCAUCGAGGAUCAGCUUCAGCGUUGCCUCGAUCCUGGCGGAUACGAAAACGAAUCAGGUCGAUGAAGCUGAGAUGAUCAGGCAUCAUAGGACGAUCCCGGAAUCGCCUUUGAGGCAAUCACCCGAGGCUCAACCGGAGUUGCCUGGCGGGAAAUCAUCACCGCGCCCGUCGUCAAACACUCCACCUUCAAAUCUAAAUGUAUCAACCAACGCGACGUCAUCUGACGAAGAAUACGAGGAUUCCGUGAAUCAAGAAGACUCUAUAGUCGAUGUGGAAGAUCUUCAGAAUGGCGGACAUAGUGAUGACGACGAUAGAAUGUCUAAUAAUGAAAAGGAGAGGUUAGGACCUAUAAGACCGACACCGUUUAGCGCUCUGGCUGCGGCUGCGGCGGCAUAUCACGGCUUAGGCUGGGCGGGACCUCCUCCCGUCGUGCCUUCAUUUGGACCAUUAUUCCAAUCGCAUUUCCCUGGACAUUUAACAGAUCACAAUGGAGAACCCCCAAAGCUGAAGUGUAACCUGCGUAAGCACAAACCGAACCGCAAGCCGCGGACCCCCUUCACCGCGCAACAGCUGCGCGCUCUGGAGAGCAAAUUCGUAGAUAAACAGUAUCUAAGCAUCGCUGAAAGGGCCGAGUUCUCGUCGUCGCUGGGAUUGUCUGAAACACAGGUAAAAAUCUGGUUCCAGAACCGUCGAGCAAAAGCGAAGCGAGUCCAGGAGGCGGAAAUAGAAAAACUCAAGAUGGCGCAGUUUUCCCGCCAUCCGCAUCACAUGUACCCGCAUCCCUUGCAACAGUACUUCCCCCACCCCUUGAUGGGGAGGCCCCUACCCCCCAUGAUGACACAUUUGACAAUGCAACCCCCCGUACAGGGGUCGCCGUCACCUAGCACACAGACUAGCGGACAACAAUAGACAAAAAAAAAUACACGGGUCGAGUAUUACUACCUAGCCUACUCUGUGGUUUAAGACUGGUCAUAUAUGAUGCGAUAAAAUUUAGCAAUGAUGAAUUUUUUGUGUUAUUAUUAAUGUAUGUUUGUUUGUAUAAUCGCCAUCUGUAAUGCUAUAUUUAAAUUUAUUUAAAGCCCUUGCUUAGUACACAUAGACAUGUUUAAUUACCUGCGCAAUAUUAUUGAAGUGUAAAUUAUUUGUAAAUAGUACUUAAGGAAUAAUGUAAAUACAUUUUACUAAUGUCGCAAAAUUAUAAACAGUAUAGGAAGGAAAUAUUUAGUAUAGUUCCAUAUAUUCAAUUAAUCAUCAAUUAUGUUUUAACAAAAUUAUAUAGAGACUUCAAUAAACGUAGUUACAAAACUUUUCACCCGUUUAUAUCCCAUAUGUAUAAAUGUCCUAUAUUAAAAUAUAUAACGAUAGUUAACCGUAUUAUUGUUUAAAUAUAUAUUUAGUACAAAUAACUUGGCUUAUGAAAUGUUAACCGAAUGUGUAAAUAUACUAUUUGUAAAUUAAAAUUUGUACUGGUGUAGUAUAAUACAAUUAU